GAAAAAUCUUCAUUAUAUAGAAAUUCAUUUGUCUUUCACUAUUCUGGUGUACUAGAAGCAACUUAGUUUCUAGGAGAAUCCAUAUCUAGUUCAAUACAAAGCUGAAAGAUGGGAACAAUUAGCAUGGACGGAUACACAAGUGGCGUCCAACUCGAAUACGAUCGCAUGAAAGAGGUGAAGGCUUUUGAUGAUACAAAGACAGGAGUUAAAGGAUUGGUAGAUUCAGGUGCAAAAGAGCUACCUAAGAUGUUCAUUCGACCAUGUCACGAGCUCGAAGAAGAACUCAAGACACCUAGUGUUAAGCUCCAAGUUCCAGUGAUAAACUUGGAGGGGAUUGGUAACAAAAAUGGUUACGAAGAAAUCGUCAAACAAGUCCUUGAUGCAUCAGAAAAAUGGGGAUUUUUUCAAGUUGUUAAUCAUGGAAUAUCUAUGGAAGUGCUUAAUAAUAUGUUGCAGGGGAUUCGGAUGUUUCAUGAACAAGAUGCUGAGGUAAAGAAGAAGUUUUAUAGUCGUGACAGUGAAAAAGUGGUUGUGUAUUCAUCAAAUUAUGACCUCUAUUUUUCACGGUUCGCAAAUUGGAGGGAUACUUUAUCAGUUAAUACCACAAAUUCUGGUCAUCUUGAUCCAAAAGAGUUACCAGAAAUAUGCAGGGAUGUAGUGUUGGAAUACUCCAACCAAAUACUUAAUCUAAGUGAUGUUUUACUGGAGUUAAUAUCUGUAGCUCUUGGAGUGAAGCCAGAUUAUUUGAAAGAAACAGAAUGCACCAAAGGAUGGAAUGAAGUUUUCCACUACUAUCCUGCUUGUCCUGCUCCAGAUUUGACAUUAGGAACAAGCAAACACACUGACCCAUCAUUCCUCACUAUACUUUUGCAAGACCAAAUUGGUGGUCUUCAAGUCCUUCAUCAAGAUCAAUGGGUCGAUGUUCAGCCUAUUCCUGGAGCCCUUGUUGUUAACAUUGGCGAUAUUCUUCAGAUAAUGUCUAAUGACAAGAUCAAGAGUGUGUACCACAGAGUGAUGGCUAAUCAAGUUGGACCAAGAGUUUCAGUAGCAUUUUUCCUUAAAGGUCUUCUAUCAUCUCCAAGAUUGUAUGGCCCAAUUAAAGAGUUGAUAUCCGAAGAUAAUCCAGCUAUAUAUCGCGAGUUCACUCUCAGUGCAUUUCAAACACAUUUCUUCUCUAGGCCCCUUGAUGAGCCUCCAUUUGAAUACUACAAGUUACAAAAUCAUGGAGAUGAAGAAUAGAAAGAAUAUACUUAUGAGUUAUGGCUAUAUUUUCCCUUUUAAGUAUAUGUAAUACUUUUUCUGUUUCUAAAUAAGUCGUUAUGAUGAGUAAAUUGGCAAUAUUGAUCAACUUACUUUGACUUUAUUUUCUCGCUAUUUUAUAUAGAAAAUUAUAGUAAAAUGGGAUCUUA